CUUCAAACCGAGUGAUCACUUGUCCUGGUUAAUUAGUUUUUUCCUCAAGUUGGCUUUGAAAUUGUUAAUUGUACAAUGGGUGUUAAUCGCAAUCCGCAAAUUAAAUAUACUCAGGUAUUCAUAGACAAUGAAUGGGUGGACUCCGUGAGUGGGAAGACAUUUGAGACGAUAAACCCGGCGACCGGACAAGUGAUCGCAAAAGUACAGGAGGGGGACAAACAGGACAUCGAUAGGGCUGUCCAAGCGGCCAGAAAUGCAUUCAAAAGGGGUUCAGUUUGGCGUACAAUUGAUGCCUCAGAAAGGGGUCGA